AAAAGGGACAGAUGAAAUUCGCAAUAAAAAUGUUGGAAUUGACAAUUUUUUCCCAAUGUGUUCAUCCCUUCCUUUUUAUAUACAGCUGAAUGAACCAAGUUCUUGAAGAAUGAUGCUGUGGUUUUCCUCGGGUUCAUGCUCCUCUGUGUAAUUCAUGUGAUUUGUUGCUUCUUUUUUUUGUUAUUAAUUUAUUUAAAAUUAUCAGAGAUUGAUUAAGAUCACAAUAAAAAAUUCACCAUUUUAUCAAGGGAUCACUUGAUUACUCAAAUUUUAUAUUACAUGGCUUGUGAGGUAAUUGUAAUCUCUCUGUCCCGAUUACAGGCCACAAAAAUAAAGGUCAAUACGUGGAUCAACAAAGCCACACAGGAUAACUCUCCCAACAAGGACCCCGUAGGACCACCAACAACAUGAAAAUAUUGCUGAAGAGAUAAGGGAAAUGUGGCAGCAAACUCUUGUUUUCUUUAAUCCUGCUAAAAUGAAGAACAGAAUUGAUAACAACAAAGAACUACACAUUAACCAUAAUGCUAAUUUAUGGCCCUGCUGCGUCUUUUUGUGUCAGAACAUCAUUCUACUGUGUCAGCAGCAACAGAAACAGCGACAACAUUCCCAGCAAAAGCAGUAGCAACCUCACCCGGUACAGCCGUAGAUGCAACCUUGUAGCUAGCUUCCUUGCGGCUGCUGCUGUUAUAGUCUCUGCAGCUGGGGCCGUUGAGGUACACCAAGAUUCAGAAACACUGUCCAACAUACCCCAAAUACUUUUUGGAGAGUGUGCAUCCGCCAAAGAUUGCAAGAAGCCUAGAAUCCAGCGACCAAAGUCUAGGAAGGCUGAGUCAUGCACUACCAAAUGUGUCACUACUUGCAUUAGAGGUGGUGAUGGAUCUCCUGGGGAAGGUCCUCUUAAUAUCAGAAGACCUUUGGUUGUUUUUAAGGAGGGGUUUCGAAGUCGAAAGUACUGCUUGGUGGAGUGUUCCGACAUUUGUAAUUUGAUUGGAGAUGGGGAUGAUGGACCUUGAAUUGUAUAUGAUUCUUGUACUGCAACGUGACAGGAUUUUUCAUUCAUUCAUUCCUUCUUGAUUUGCUUUACGCUAAUUGCCAAUAUUUUAUGCUUAAUUAAGUAUCUGUCAGAAGUAAUAUACGAAUCUAUAACAUGAAACUGAAUCCAUACCUCCAUGUACUGAUCCAUGUGAAAAAACCUAGAAAUGCAUGUAAUAUAGAGAAUGGAUAUUCAACGAAGUAACAUUCUUCUAAUAGAUAAUUCCUGUUAUUGUUCUGAAAACCUUAAACAAAAACACUCUUCACACCCUUGUGAGUUUUACAAGACAGCUGAGGAGGGAUGGGGAGGGAAGAGGGUGGGAAGGGAGAAGGCUCGAUCUUUUGAUCAUAAGUUUUGCAUAACCAAUAUCUUUGGACCAUGAUUAGCUUAUGCAAAAUGUGUUCCUAAGUUCGCAGAUGAUUGAACAGCUAGGGGAAACUGCAUACAAGUGCUUUAGCUAAACAGCAUGAUAACAGCUGCCGGCCUUAGCCAAUUGUGAUGGAACCUUGAUUCUCUUGUUGAUAUAAGCAUUACUUGUAUGAACAUGGUAUCUUCAUCUAGAAAGAUUAUGAGGCUUCCUGUGUCAAGAAGAUGACCGGGAGUCUCCUCAAUAUGCAUCAGUAACCAACCGAGACAACAGACCGGAGGAUUAAUGUGGAAGUCAAAUAUACCAUUUUCCUGAUUUCACGGAGAGGAUAACAAAUCAAAAGGAUAGAAAACAAUCUUUUUAUAAACAUUCAGCAAAGUAGCUUCAAGCUUUUUCCUUUAUUAUAUAUCAUUGUAAGCAUUUGCAUCUAAUUAGCCAAAAUGAUAAAUGAAAGAAGAAUGAGACUCUCCUAUGCUAAUCAGAUUCUUCAUCUGAAUCCAUAAAAUCCUAUGAGUCAAUCAGUUAGGUCUUAUUUUGGCAUGGACCAG